CAAAUUACUUCUUUGCAGGUCUUAAAGGUUCCACUCCAACUUCAGAAUGCUUCUUCGAGUGAUCAUCUCUGAACGGGACAUUCAAAAAAUUACACUUGACACUGUCCCUGACACAGUCCAUGGUCUCAAAGAGGUGCUGAGAAGCAAACUGCAGCUAAGAGACAGUUUUGAUCUUCAGUAUGAGGAUAAUGAUUUUCACGAUUUUUGCAACCUUACUUCUGUAACUGAUCUGCCCAAGGACAAAGCGACGCUGAAAAUCCUGUUCAGUCCCUCUGAUACAUUUUCAGACUCAAGUUUGGAUACUCCAGUAUUGCCUGUAUCACAUUCUCCAUCAACAUCGACCCAAGUCAGCAGCUGUGUCUCAGAGAUAAAACAGAGUCGUUCACAUCCAUGGCCUGCUGUCUUUACUAUCCCCACCUUCUCAUAUGAUGUUGAGCUGAGACUAAAGCAUGGUAAUGAGGCUUACAGUACAGAUGGAACUCUUCUGACAAUGUCUCGAGACAUGCAGACAGAAAUACUGGAUAAACUUGCUGAAGCAGUGUUUGCUUACAAAGCUUACCCAGACAAAGAGGAAAUCAAAAGUGUGGCUAUUGCACUUGUUGAAAAACACCCUUGUCUGAAAGAAAGGGGAUCUGCAGCUGGGUUUUAUGGUUGGAAAUUAAGUUUGACAUGGAAGAUGGGAAAUUACAGGUCAAAGCUAAGAGAUGCAGGUUGUAAAGAACUCAAAGUGAAUUCUGCAAAGAGAGGCCUAGCAGGACUCCAAGGACAGCGAAACAAAGUGAAGAAGCCAAAAAGGUCUGAGACAAACUUUCUCCCAGAUCACCCUUCAGGAAAAGACCAGAAAACACUGGAACACGAAAAGGAACUGAUGUGCCAGGAGAUGAAAAAGAAGAGUCCAGACAUGAGUUUUGUGAAUGCAGCCAUGAGCAGCACAUAUUCUCUCCGGAGACAGGAGAUAGUUGAAAAUGAGCCUCCAGUAUCUGAAAUGAAAAAGAGGUGGCCGGCUAUUUUUUGUGAAAGACAGAUCAGUGCAGAAUUCAACAGGCUAAUGUCGCUGGACUUGAGCAAGUCUUUUUAUGAGGGUCUUGACCAGCAUCUACCAAAACUGCUGUGCCUGUACCGUUCAAAGCGCUGUGCUGAGAUUGCAGAAAUGAAGACCAUAAUGGACAGCCUAGAUAAAAAUGCAUCAAAUCAACGAAAGAGGGUUGCAGUACUGCUGGGGCUGCCAUGGUUCAUGCGUGAGAAUCCAUCACAAUUCAUAAAGAUCUGUGAGCACACAGAUUCCGAAGAAGAUAUGAUCCGGGGCAUGACUCUUGGAAUCAUCGCAGUGGUGGAAGAUGUGACAGACCCCAUUCCAUGCAACUCUAAUGAUGUGGCCCUUGUAAUCGAGGAAGCAGUUGUUCUGCGAGGACUUGGUGACAUACCAAAUGCGUAUGUAAACAUGAUGGGAUUGCUUUAUGCUCUCAACAUAAAUUACCCAAAAAACCUCAGAUACACUUUUGAGGUGAUUCAGAGGCUGCUGAUGAACAUUGGAGCUGAUACCUGCAGUGCAAGAAUACUCAACCUCAACUAA